AUGUGCCACUCGGACAGCGGGAAGUGUACGGACGGAUGUACACGUGGCUUUUAUGGUGGACUCUGCCAGCACACGUGUGAAGUUUGUUUUGAUGGUGUCUGUGAUCAGAAGACUGGUACCUGCACCAUAGGCUGCCACCUGACUGGACGCAGGUGUGAUUCUAGCUGUACGUUCAACUGUUCUAUAGCGGAAUGUCUUAGAGUGGAACAUUGCAACCAAGGUGAUAGUGACAGCGACAUUGUUGACCUGAAGAUUGGACUAUCAGCAGCCUUUUCACUUUUUGUAGUGAUCAUCCUGCUGGCCUUAUCACCCGUCUACUGCAAACAUUUAAGAACUUUUAAACAGCACAAAAUACAGGGAAUUAUUCCACAUGAAGCACCAAGUCAUGAGGACCAGGUACCCCCGGACUACUGUGAAAUCAGAGACGAAGAUGUUGACAUCGUGUGUGAGCUGCCAGGGAUAAGAGGAGACGACUCGGUAGCUGGAGCUGCCCCUGUCAUGCCUGUUCUGGCUGAUUGCUUUGCACCAGACUGCGAUAGUGCAGACAAUGAUGCUGCUACGUCAGAGGAGUCAGGUGUUGACGAGAACACGUACACUCACCUCGUGCGACCGGUUCUUGUUGAGCGGCCGGAAACAGUAGUGAACUAUGUACCCCCAAUCGAAGAGUGA